GUAAACGGAAAACCCUAAAACUUCGGACAUUACAUUUGUGCAAAUCAAUCGUACGAUCCAUUCAUUCACUCUCAGAUCCUGCCCUGAGCCGUACACUACGACUGAAACCUCUAAAUCGCAGAAAUGGCCGCGGCUUUAGCUUCCAGAUUCUCCCGAGGACGCUCAUUGAUUGGAAGUCUUAGCAAUGCUUUCUCUGGUUUGAUGAAUUCCUCCAAUGGAAUUAUGAAUGGAAACAUCCUCUCUCAGCAACAAAGGACAUUCAUUCAAAUGGGGACGAAUCUCAAAGUCGUGGAUAACUCCGGUGCAAAAGAGGUGAAGUGCAUUCAAUCCCUGAAAGCUAAUAAGAAAGGAGCAAGACUUGGCGAUAUCAUUGUUGGUUCUGUGAAAGAGGCGAUUCCAAGCGGUAAAGUGAAGAAAGGGAUGGUCGUUUAUGGUGUGGUUGUGCGUGCUGCGAUGCCGAAAAGGCGCGUUGAUGGAAGCCAAGUCAAAUUUGAUGACAAUGCGAUUGUAGUUGUGGGCAUUAAGGAGAAGAAGAAGCAGAAGAAAGUGGAGUUUAACCAACCAACUGGUACCCGAGUGUUUGGUCCUGUCCCACAUGAAAUGCGGCGCAAGAAACAGCUCAAGAUCCUUGCUUUGGCUCAGCACAUCGUUUGAGAGUAUACACCACACCACUAAGAACACCAGUUAUGAUCUCUUCUGUAACUCUCAUCCAUCCGUCAAUUAGGUUUCAGUUUCACUCUGUAAACUCUCGACUUUUCUUGUCAAGUCUAAAAGAUCAAUCCCACCUUUCUACUAAACCUCCACAAUGAAAUUGGAGAGACUUUUGUUACAAGAACAACCCUCUUGAAACACCAUUACUUGUUAUGUUUUAGUGUUUUACAAAUCAUUUUAUAGUAUA